CCCAGCUCUCGCGCUCACGCGGUCCAGCCUUCGCUCGCCUCCCGCGUGCUGUCCGGUAGCCUCACUUCGCUUCGCUUCGCUUCGCCCGGCUUCACCUCACCCGCCGCCGUCAUGCCCCGCCUGGUUAUUCUCUGCCUGCACCGCCGCAGCCGCCUGAGCCCGCUUGCACCCCGGCUGGCCCACUCGGGGCCUGGUCGCAACCGGCAGCCGUUGUCCGAGAUGGACGUGGCUGUUGGACUCGUGGUGUUUUUUAUGACUUUCUUAACACCGUGUGGGUAUAUACUGCACAACCUGAGCCAGUUCAGAAGACAGUAGGUGCAAGAAGAUGCAGAGCAGCUGUUAACGACCAGCAAGAUUUCAGAGAAAAAGCUGCUCCUUUAAAUGAGUAAAAGUGCCAAGUUGGAUUGAUGGGCAUUGUGGGGGUAUUCAGUUUCAUGACCAUAUGUUUAGAGUCAAUAUUUUGCACUUUUUUAGGACCGUGCAUUAUAUAAAGUUGAGCUGUUUAGUCAUUUAAAAAUGUUAAAUAAAACGGAAGCACUUAUUCAUGCUUGGCAUUCUGUGGUCACAGAUAAUUUUCUGCACGUCCUGAAAGCUGGUGAUAAUUCACUGAAAAAUACAGUAGUGAGAAUUGCUAUGGCAGGUCAGACUUA